ACUCUUCUCGCUCGCGCUUUUCAUCGUCAAGCGAGAGCGAGAAAGAGCGAUCGAUUGAUAGGGAGCAGGAACAAGAAGAGGCAAGCGGCCAAUAGAGUGCGAAAGCGAGUAAAAUUGUUAGAUUUGAGGGAAUUUUUGAUUGUUUGGAGAAAGAUGCAGCCCGGCGACGUUUCCACGACCGAUCUCAUGGCGGCGAUUCUGAAUGGCAAGCUCGAUGCGUCUAAUUUGCUUCAGUGGGCUUCGAAGUUAUCGGAGAACCCUAGAUUUCUGGAGGUGGCCGUGCUGGUUGGCUGCCUCUCGGCGUUCCUUUUAUUCUGGCAGAAAUCGGGCGGCAAAGAGCCGGCCCGGGUGGCGGCGCCGCCAGCGCCAGCGGCUAAGCGGGCCAAGAAGAUGGUGAAGGAUACGGAAGAUGCUGAUUUCGGCAAAAAGAAGGUGACCUUGUUCUUUGGCUCGCAGACCGGCACCGCCGAGAGAUUUGCCAAGACCUUGGCGGACGAGGCCAAUGCGAGGUACAAGAAGGUCGUCUUCAAAGUCGUCGACUUGGAUGAUUAUGCAUUUGAGAACCAUGAGUAUGAAGAAAAGUUGAAGAAAGAGACACUCGGUCUCUUCUUCUUGGCAACGUAUGGAGACGGCGAACCAACCGACAACGCCGCCAGGUUCUAUAAAUGGUUUUUUGAGGCGAAGGAGAGGAACGUUUACUUAGACAACCUCCAGUUUGCUGUUUUUGGUUUGGGGAGCCGACAAUAUGAACACUUUAACAAGGUUGGCAUAGAGGUUGAUCGUAUUCUCGCUGAGCAAGGUGCCAAACGUAUCCUUCCUUUGGGGCUUGGUGAUGAUGAACAAUACAUUGAGGAUGACUUCACUGCAUGGAAAGACCUAGUGUGGCCAGAGCUAGACAAGAUACUGUGUGAUGAGGAUGAUGUAGCAGGAUUAUCUGCUGACUAUGUUGCCAGCAUACCUGAAUACCGUGUUGUAUUCCUAAAUCGUGAAGAUGAAUUGCAGAUGCAGAGAAAAUUGAGCCUUGCAAAUGGCCAUUCUGUUUAUGACCUUCGAAAUCCUUGCAGGGUCAAUGUGGCUGUUAGGAAAGAGCUUCAUACCCCACUUUCUGAUCGUUCUUGCACUCAUCUGGAGUUCGAUAUUUCUGGAACCAGUCUCAAAUACGAGACUGGGGAUCAUGUCGGUGUGUAUCCAGAGAAUACCCCUGAGAGUGUGGAGGAGGCUGCAAGGCUCUUAGGAUAUCCAGAAGAUACAUACUUCUCUCUACACUCUGAGAAAGAGGAUGGAACACCACUUAGCAGUAGCUCUAUUCCACCUCCAUUCCAAACGCCUAUUACUCUGAGAGAAGCACUUGCUAAAUAUGCUGAUCUUCUAAGUUCACCCAAAAAGGGGGUCUUAAUUGCUCUAGCUGCUCAUGCUUCUGAAUCAACUGAAGCUGAAAAGCUCAAAUUCCUGGCUUCUCCUGCUGGAAAGGAUGAGUAUAAUCAAUGGGUUGUGGCAAGCCAAAGGAGUCUUUUAGAAGUCAUGGCUGAAUUCCCUUCGUCCAAACCUCCUCUUGGUGUUUUCUUUGCGGCAAUAGCUCCUCGUUUACAGGCCCGUUACUAUUCAAUAUCUUCUUCGUCCAGGGUUUCACCUUCCAGAAUUCAUGUCACAUGUGCAUUAGUGCAUGGACCGACACCAACAGGAAGGAUUCACAGAGGAGUUUGUUCGACUUGGAUGAAGAACUCAUCUCCACAAGAGGAGACUGAAGAAUGUAGCAGGGUUCCUAUUUUUGUGAGACAAUCAAACUUCAAAUUACCUUCCGAUUCUGCGGUUCCAAUAAUAAUGAUUGGCCCUGGCACAGGCUUAGCGCCCUUCAGAGCCUUUUUACAGGAAAGGCUUGCACUCAAAGAGGCUGGAGCUGAGCUCGGCCCUGCCCUUCUCUUCUUCGGUUGCAGGAACCGAAAGAUGGACUACAUCUAUGAGGAUGAGUUGGACAACUACGUCAAGCAAGGGGCUCUUUCUGAGCUCAUCGUAACAUUCUCUCGUGAAGGUCAACGCAAAGAAUACGUGCAAAACAAGUUGUCCGAGAAGGCUGUGGAUGUCUGGAACAUCAUCUCUCAAGGUGGAUAUGUCUACGUCUGCGGUGAUGCCAAGGGAAUGGCUAAGGAUGUGCACAAAGUCAUCCACACCAUUGCUCAAGAGCAGGGAUCACUGGAAGGCUCCAAGGUCGAGGCCUACGUGAAGAAUCUGCAAAUGGAAGGGAGGUACCUGCGUGAUGUGUGGUAACAAGUUGCUGAGGUGGAGGUCCAAUUAUUAUUUAUAUGGAAUAAGGCUUUUGGGUUCUUAGUAGCUCACUGAGUUGCCUUGUCCUUAUUUGCGUUUUUAUUAUACAGAUAUAAAUGAUUCUUUUGACAGUGUAGCAUCAAUUGUAUGCAAAGUAGAGGAAAUAAUAAUAAUAAUUUGUUCUUGGUAA